AUGAUAUACGCGCUGGCGGAGAAGAGGUGCGAGAACUUCGGGACGUGCACUGGAGACUCGGACGGCAGCGACGCGACGGGCGUAUCGGCGAUCAACUCUGAGCUUCUCACUCUGUGGGAGACUGGUCAGGCCAACCUGCUCGCCGGGGAAUGUACCGAGGCGUCCGCUGUAAUCGACGAGAUCUUGCCGCUCAUGGCUGUUCCUCUGAUCCAGGGUCUGCUGAGGUACACGUAUCUUGCUGACCCCGCCAUUGGAACGGGCGGCGACAAGGAGGCCGCCGAGCUAUGGGCUUUCUCUGCCGCUAUCUUGCCGUGGAUCAGCGCAUGUGAUGCCGCGGUGGGGACUACCGUCCGCGACAACACCGAGCUCGGGAGCGCCAGCGCGCCCAUGGCGGACGGGUACGCGGCGAUCAAGGUGCAGCUGGAGAGCGUGUACUCUUGCAUGGGCAUCACGUGUGCCCAGGUUGGCGGUCUUCUGGACGACACCGGCGCCUACUACACGGACUUCGAGCCAUGCGACGACAGCACGACCACGACCGAUUCCGCGACUGAUUCCGCGACAGGCACAUACGCGGAUAUCGCGGGAUACACGCCAGGAUCUGAUGUCGUGGAGCACUCGGAGCUUGACCUGGACGUUGCCGACAUGGAGACGAACGCCGAUUUAGAGACGGAAGUUGGCCUCGCCGCCGCGUACACGGCGUACUCCGAGGGCGGAAACAGUGAGAAGUCGACCGAAAUCCGGACCGUUCAGGGCUUCUCGACCGGUGCCGAUGAAAAGCUCACCGGCGAGGCUACCUUCGACGUUUGGGAGGCAUACUGGGGCAGCCCCGACUACGCCGACCAGUUCACGUCGGCAGCGUGCCAAGGAACGGGCGCCUUCGAAGGCGCUGAGAUGGUCACGCGGUCUGAGUGUUGCCUCAAGGGAGCACAGUACCAGAACGUUUGGAUGUACGUGACUCACGAGCUCUACGACGCCGUGGAAGACUGUGAAAUCGGAGGUGGGUGUGUGAAGGUGGCCGAGGGCGACCUGUCGGCGAACGACGGUGGGCCACACGCCUGGGACGAAGGCUGGGCGUUCUACACGGGUUCCCUCGAGGGCACCGCCGUCGGAGGCUCUGGCGACGGGCAGAUGCUGUACGCCCUGGCGGAGAAGAGGUGCGAGAACUUCGGAACGUGCACUGGAGACUCGGACGGCAGCGACGCGACGGGCGUAUCGGCGAUCAACUCUGAGCUUCUGGAUCUGUGGGAGGAUGGCAAGGCCAACCUGCUCGCAGGGCAGUGCACCCAAGCCUCGGCUGUGAUCGACGAGAUCUUGCCACUCAUGGCCGUUCCUCUGAUCCAGGGUCUGCUGAGGUACACGUACCUUGCUGACCCCGCCAUUGGAACGGGCGGCGACAAGGAGGCCGCCGAGCUAUGGGCCUUCUCUGCCGCUAUCUUGCCGUGGAUCAGCGCAUGUGAUCCCGCGGUGGGAACCGCUGUCCGCGACAACACCGAGCUCGGGGGCGCCAGCGCGCCCAUGGCGGACGGGUACGCGGCGAUCAAGGGGCAGCUGGAGAGUGUUUACUCUUGCAUGGGCAUCACGUGUGCUCAGGUUGGCGGUCUUCUGGACGACACUGGCGCCUACUACACGAACUUCGAGCCAUGCACGGACUCUUCGGACGGGACUUUGGCAAGUACCGACAGGUCGAGCGACAGCGGCCUUGACGAUGGUGGUAUCGCCGGUGUAACUAUCGGCGUCAUCGCAGCUGCUGCUAUCGGCGUUGCGGCGCUCGCGGUCUGCAAGAGGAGAAGGAAGAGCGCAGCGACAGUCAACGAGAACUUAGGCAACUUUUAAGCUCUUUCAUCUCGGGUGCAACUGCAUUUUUACAGAAAUUCAUACAUUCAAGGCUUUCGGGAGUGACGUGGUGUGCCUCCCGGGGGCGGCACAAGAGGAGAUGAUCAGUGUAAUCGCGGUCGCAUCGGUUCAUCAUUUUGUGUUUUGUGCUUUUCGUUUUUUUGUUCGCAGUGACGUCUUUGCUGCGGGUCCUUUACUGCCGUUAUCCUUGGCUCUCCGUAUACUCGUGUUGUCCAUGGUCUGUGGCACUUCUGUGCGUUGCGCAGGAAUCAGAACAGAAAUCAUCCUGUUUGGUGCAAAACAGGUUUUUGUGUUCCUUGCAAAGGCUUUUUUCGCGUGGAACAAGUCCCCGGGGGUAUAGACCGAUUUGUUUCAACGCUGGGCACGCGCCACGAGUGGCUGGCGGUCCUCGGGCGCGGGUUGUAGUGUACCGACGACACCUUACCGUGCCCCAGAGAAGUAAGCGUGAGAAAAGACUCGCGUCCGCCAGCGAAACAUGUGUCAAAGUACGCCGGAAGUACGAAAACAGGCGAACUGAUACACACAAUGCGUUUCUCCUGAUUGUCGGUUAAGACCUGUUGCGCUGCUGUUGCGUCUGUUGUGUGUUAAUCAAAUCAAUUUUGCUGGACAAGUGUCCUAUUGUUGAACUAUUUGUGGACAUGGGGAAGGGGGAUGGGGGGGGUUGAUCCCCGAAUGAUGUUUUUCAAAGUGGUUGGUAAGUUUCAUUUGUUGGCGACCGACCGUAUUUCACCUCAAAAUUUGUGUAGGCAUGCUUUGACACCGGGAGGGGCGGACGAAGGUUACACAUUCGCCUCCACCGUACAAGGAGCAUGCACGGGAAAUUUAUGGUAGAGAGCUUCAUCCAAGCGAGGUAGGGAAGAACCGGAAGUAGCUGAGUGCAUGGAGUUGUAUGUUGGUUCAACCGCUUGCAACCUACAUCAGAGCUCUCUUUUUUCUUGCCCGUUGAUUUACCCCCACCAUGCAUACCAAUCAACGAUAUAAUUAUAGGUUUCUGACCACCGGCUAGGGUCACGCUUCGGUAGUCACGGUCAGCAGCAUGUAGGUUUUUUGCAAAGGUUGGCGUGCAUGGAGGUUCUACGUUGGUCUGUCUUUGUUGGUAAUCUCUCGUGCGUUAUUCUGAGAUGUUGAGUUUGUUAGCUUCUAGACUGAUCGAUUGGUAUGUAUGUCGAUGUAUGCAUGCUGUUGGCUUCCGGAGUGAUGGGUCGUAGAAGUCUACUUCAGUCACCAGCCUCAAGGUCCCACAACGGUGUGCCAAUGCAGACAGACCUGUAUCUCGUGGGUUAUCUAUUAGACUAAGCGUGAUUUCGUUGGGUCGUCCUUUGUUCCGAUCAGGGGGGGGUUCUUGGAGGGUUAACUGUUGAUCAGCAAGUUACUUCAUGCAGAGAGCGUACUGGAUGGAGGUACGUACAUGAGAGGAGACGCUCGUUCGUGUAUGAUGAUGAGGUGGUAAAAAAGUAAGCAGCACCCGGGCAGGCAGCGAAGGCGUGGUGGUGGAAGGAUGCACCAACACCACAGGUAGCUAGCUAGUUUUUCCGUUGAGCGAACGAAGCUGCUUGGUGUAAGGUCGCGCGUCGCGAACAAGCCUUUCAUUGUAUGCUGUAUGUACAAACGAGAGGAUCAUUAGGACGUGAACGGAACGCCUACGUUAGCUAGAAUGAGUCGACCACAUGGUCUCAUCUGUGGAAGGAAAAAAAAGAAACGCUUCAAACCCAGGUUAGAAAACUAAUUGGAGUUAGUGGAAGGCGGCUUCACCUGCUGCCGUGG